AUGCCUCCCCGUCAGCGUACAGCAACGUUUGAAGACGCGGGUGAAGUGGUUAAGAAAUCCAGGUUGGCCGGAUCUAGUGACGCUUCUGGGGUGAUUGAGCAGUGGAUCCGGAACGGCACGUCAACAAAAGUGAGUCCUAGUGCAGCUACCUUGCCGGCAUCUCGAGAUUUAAGAAGGAAUGGGAGAAUAGAAGUUCACCAUCCGACGGAAGGGUCACCUCAAAAGAAAACGCUUAUCCUAAGUGAAGCUCGAACAAGUGACAGUGAUGUAGUAAUUGGAACCUUUCUCGUGCAGUCCGUCCCGGCAACAAUCCUGUUCGAUUCGGGAGCAUCUAACUCGUUCGUAUCACCCAGGCUCGUGAAGAAGUUGGGUUUAACCGGUGGCGUUGGUGUGAAGCUUAACGUUAAGGUAGCAUCUGGGGAAGUUAGGAUGUGUGACAGUCUCUUCAAGGGCAUCAAGAUUAACAUCAAAGGAGAGGAGUUUCCUAGCGAUCUAAUCCAGUACGACUUGGACGAAAUAGAUGUGGUCUUAGGUAUGGACUGGUUGGGGCAGUUUAGAGCCCAAAUCCUGUGCAAAGAGCAGAAAGUGGUGUUACGAGGGCCCAGCGGGAAGAGGGUGUCGUAUCGGGGAACGACGGAGAAACCCAGGAUCAAGUUAGUAUCAAUGAUAAAGAUGAAAAAGUACGUGGAGAAAGGCAAUGAGUUGUUCUUGUGCUCUGUUGAAAAUCUAAAGGCAAAAGGUAAUGUAGCUCAGACCAUACCCGUUGUCCGUGAGUUCCUUGACGUUUUUCCCGAGGAAAUACCGGGUAUGCCCCCUCCAAGAGAAGUGGAAUUCUCAGUGGAUCUUAUACCGGGCACUGCACCCAUUUCCAAGGCCCAUACCGGUUAG